AUGAGUUACAACCUCCUUGCGAAUGAGACAUCCGAUAAGGACUCGGAAAAUGACCCCGCCGACCGCACUCCUUUGAUACGUCGUUUAAACCACUAUAAGAUCUUGUUUUUUCUAAUGCUCUUCGUCUGGGUGGGAAGUUUCAGCACCUGGGCAUGGUUACAAUAUACUAAACAAGCAGACCAAGAACCUAAAGGAUCUCCCUUCCUCCUUGCUGGUAGCGGCAUGGUUACAAUAACGGAGCCCGAAAGAUUCAAUUUGCCGCCAAGUUACCCCGAUCAUCAUAAAAACUCCACCUCCACGAAGGCCGAAGUGUAUUCCAUGUCUAUGUAUCAUCAACUACAUUGUCUCGCAUCGAUUAGGUUGCACUUCGGCUCGAUGACCGGAAAAUUUAACGCAGAAACCGACAAACCAAUAACCAGGAGGCGCGUUUUUCGUCCUGAAUCGCAUCUCGACCAUUGUUUUGACUAUUUGCGACAGGCAAUUAUGUGUGCUGGGGAUAUGGCACUCGAGUCAUCAGUGGUGCCUAAUGAGUUUGGAUUCAAUGGCUGGGGAACGUUACAUCAAUGCGCGGAUUGGCGUGUAAUGUGGGAUACUGCAACUGCCAAUAGAUAUAUGUACGAUCCAGAUGAAGAAAUGUGA